GUCCUAGCUCGAUGGCAAAAGCAUCUGUUCCUUGCUCUAUGGUAAAAGUAACAACACUGGACUGCGGUUCGAAAACCAUGGGUGUGCCACCGCGAAACGUGAGGGGGACUUGUAUUAUUCGAGCUGUUGUCAUCCUCUCCUGCUGCACAUUGUGGCCGGGAUCAGUCCGGGCGAGGUUUAGCUUCGAGAAGGACGGUGUGGGAAGUUUGAAGGUGUACGUUGACGAUGUAGAGGUUAUCAGGCAUACUCCUGAGUCGCCGUUUGUGUUCGUUGGGAACGGGCUGUUCUCGUUCCGGGGGCAUCUUGGUAACUUCGUCAUCGAAGACUACGUGCAGGAGCGCAUCCCCCUCCGGAAUUUCAGUUUCGCGGAGGAGUCUGAGAAUGUGGUUCGAAUUGUAUUUCAUCGAGAUGGGCUGAUGAAGACCGAGGUAUCGUUUACCGCAGAGGAACACAGCUUGGGUGACGUCAUCACUUUUGGAGCUCUCCCCGCCGACGCAAACCAUAUCUGGGUUCGGUUCCUGGCCGAGGAGACCGAACACGUGUUCGGCGGCGGCGAGCAGUUCUCGUACUUUGACCUCCGUGGUCACACCUUCCCGCUGUGGAUCCAAGAGCAGGGCGUGGGUCGCAACAAAAGUACAUUGGUGACCUUCAAAGACGACCGGAACGACGGAGGGGGCGGGGACUAUUACACCACCUACUGGGCCCAGCCCACCUUCACCUCCUCACGUUUGUACAGCUGUCACUUCGACACGACCAGCUACUCCGAGUUCGACUUUCGCCACUCGGGUUUCCACGAGGUGCAGAUCUGGGAUCGGCGCCCCGGCCGGAUCUACCUCGGGGCCAGCGACUCGUUCGCCGGGUUGGUGGGCCGAGUGGCGGCCUUCUUGGGCCGGCAGCCGGUGCUGCCCAAGUGGACGCAGGACGGCGCCAUUUUGGGAGUGCAAGGAGGGACGGCCGCCAUGCUGGAGUAUCUGAAACAGGCACAGGGAAAUUCAACUCUCGUCAAUGGUCUGUGGAUUCAGGACUGGGUGGGCCGAAUCAAGACGUCCUUCGGGCGCCGACUCUUCUGGAACUGGGAAUGGGACCGCGAACACUAUCCCAACUUGGACAAGGAAAUCGUGCGCCUUCGAACCCAAGGGGUGAAGGUCUUCGCCUACAUCAACCCCAACCUCAACCGCGAGGGAAGUUUGUUCAAGGAGGCCGACAGCCAGAGCUUCCUAGUCAGAAACUCCUCGGGACAAACAUACGUGGUGGACUUUGGCGAGUUUUUCUGCGGCAUUGUUGACAUGACCAACCCCGCGGCGUUCAAGUGGUAUAAGGGGGUCAUCCGGAAGAACAUGAUUGACUUAGGGUUCGGAGGAUGGAUGGCCGAUUUUGGCGAGUACCUGCCCACGGACGCCGUGUUUCACAAUGGGCAGCCUGGGGAUGAGGUGCACAACUUGUGGCCUGUGUUGUGGGCUAAACUGAACCGAGAGGUGGCAGAGGAAGCCGGGUUAGCUAGUGACUUGCUGAUCUGGAUGCGUGCGGGCUUCAGCGGCUCGCAGCGCUACGCCACCAUGACCUGGGCCGGGGACCAGUUCGUGGACUUCAGUCUGGCCGACGGUCUAGCCUCAGUCAUCCCGGCCGCUCUAUCGCUCGGCAUGUCUGGGUUCGGGCUGACUCACUUCGACAUCGGCGGCUACACGUCCAUGUUCGGCAUCGGGCGUACCAAGGAGCUGCUGCUACGGUACGCCGAGUUCGCAGCCUUCACUCCCGUCAUGAGGACGCACGAGGGCAACCGACCCGAUGCGAACUGGCAGUUCUACUCCAGCCCAGACACGACUCGCGCCUUCGCCCGUCACACCAGGAUUUUCCACGCGCUGAGCGAGUACACCCAAGCUGUAAUCCACGAGAACGCCGAGACCGGAAUCCCGACACAGCGCCCUCUGUUCAUGCAUUAUGCAAAUGACGAGAAAUCGUACAGCAUCAAGUAUGAAUAUUUAUACGGUCGGGAUCUCUUAGUUUCCCCUGUGUAUCAUGAAGGGGUGGACACUUGGUCCGUUUACCUCCCCCCUGACGACUGGGUCUUCCUCUGGGAUGGCAAGGAGUACGUCGGUGGAACUGUCACCGUGGCAGCACCCUUGGGCAAGAUCCCGGUUUUCUAUAGGAAGGGUUCCCCCUGGACAUCAGUCUUCCAAAAACUGCACAAUCUUGGAGUCGCGGAUGAUCCCAUCGUGAGCACCAUGGAGGAAAGGAACAACGAGCCGCAAGAGGGCGGGCUUCUCCAAACUACUGUCGGGAUCACUGUAGCGUCUGUACUUCUGUUUCUCUUGGCGAGGUGGUACUGUCUGGGACAUCCGCUCUUGCGCAGACUGGGAAUCCAAAACCGACAAAGAUAGGGGAACUGAAACAAAUCUUUUUAAUGUAAAAUGGAGCAAAGCUACAAUUAUGGAAUUUGUUACUUUUCCCACCGACUCUUUCUGUGUAGACUUCUUGUAUGCUUAAGGUUCAUGCAACGAACGGUAAGAAAGUUUACUUGGUGCGCUUUUAUUCAUUUAACAAAAUAUUUUAAGGAAUUAAACAGGGUUGACAUUUUUUUUACCGAUUUUUUUUAAAAAUCUAUGAACAGUAAUGAGAAAGGUGGUUUAUUAUUGAAAGUAGUUUGUAUUAGCACUCCCUAUGCAAAGACAUCUCAGGCGCGGAUCAAGGGGGGGGGGGGGGGUCGAACCCCCCCCCCCCCCCCCCCGCUCUGACAUUUUUUAAAAAUAUAACAAUUAUAGUAAUUAUAAUUACCUAUAUAUGUCCGCCCGUCCGCAACAAUCUGACAGAAACAAAAUCUGAAGGGCCUGAAACCCACCCCC